AUUAUACAAAGUAUUUUAAAUAUUUUUAUAAAUUAACAGCAACUGCCAAAGUAAACAUUGAGACGUGUGUUAGAGAAACUAAGUGUAUUUACUUCUACGUGUCUUAAAGGAUUUUUAAUUGCAACAUUACUUAAACGUAUUUGACCCUACAGUCAUGGCUCUUAAAACACCAGAUAUUAUAAUAUGCGGGUUUUUUCUUAUCACCUUGCUGGUCAUACACUUCUUCUCCGACAUUUUAAGGUCUACUUUGGGUGGCUAUGAUACACACAAAACAUUAUCCCAACUGAUAGAGUCACAAUCCAAAGAUUAUUCGUGGAUAUUAAAACUAUUAGUCAAUUGUUUUGGUUAUAGUUGUGUUUUUGUACCUGGUUUCUUAAUUUACAAAUAUGUUCAGCGCACAAACUAUUUGGAAAAGAGCGAUAAAUCCUAUAUACACAUGGCUGUUAACAUGUGUAUUAACGGCAACAGUGGUAGCGAGUCCGACCGAGAUGAACCCUCAGAAAAAACCCUACUACCAAAUGAUCCGACGGCUACAAUAUUAAGUACACCACCUCCUCCACAGGCCGCUAUAGCAGCAACACCAAAACGUUCCAACUCACACGAAGUCAUCCUCCUGUGUUGGUGUUUUGGCGGUCUUAUGGUAUCCUAUCUAACGUGGGGCGUUCUGCAGGAGAAAAUUAUGACGCAAGAAUAUUAUAAUUUUGAUGGUGUAAAGUCACAUUUCAAGGAUUCGCAAUUUUUAGUAUUUUCCAAUCGUAUUUUAGCCUUUAUGGUGGCCAUAGUGGUGUUGCAAUACAAACGCCCGCCCACACGUCAUAAGGCUCCCCUAUACAAAUACUCAUUUGCUUCGUUUUCUAAUAUUAUGAGCGCCUGGUUUCAAUAUGAGGCCUUGAAAUUUGUUAAUUUUCCAACACAAGUUUUGGCCAAAUCUUGCAAAAUCAUACCCGUCAUGCUGAUGGGUAAAAUUCUGUCGAAAAAUAAAUAUCAAUGUUAUGAGUACUUUACGGCUGUGUUGAUAUCCACGGGUAUGAUAUUUUUUAUGAUGGGCUCGGCAGAUAGUUCAAAGGCCAAUGGUGUGACCACCAUGACGGGUAUAUUUCUGCUGGCAAUGUACAUGUUAUUCGAUAGUUUUACAGCCAACUGGCAAGGUGAUUUAUUUAAAGGCUAUGGCAUGUCUCCCUUACAAAUGAUGUGUGGCGUGAAUUUAUUUUCGACCAUAUUUACGGCAGCUUCUUUAAGUGUUCAGGGAGGAUUUAUAGAUUCACUGCAAUUUGCUACUGAGCAUCCCAAAUUUGUAUUUGAUAUCGUUAUACUGUCUAUUAGUUCAGCUGUCGGCCAAUUGUUUAUAUUUUAUACCAUAUCCGUAUUUGGCCCAGUUGCGUUUACCAUCAUUAUGACGUUAAGACAAGCUGCAGCCAUUUUACUUUCUUGUCUAAUUUAUCAUCACAGCAUAUCGGUGUUGGGAGUAUUGGGUGUUAUGGUAGUAUUCUUUGCCAUAUUUAUGCGGGUCUAUUGCAAUCAACGCAUGAAGACCAUGCGUAAGCGAGCCGAGGCCCAUAAGCCCAAAAUGGCCGUGUAGUAAUUGUUGUAGUCGUAGCAAUAUUUGCUGAAACGAAUAUAUUUAUUCGAAUAUAAAUUUAAAUUAAAUUAUUGCCUAAUUUAUAUUACAAGCUUCUGGCAAGCAAGAGAAAUACCUUAAAAAAACCAAGGCUCAAAUUAAGUGCUAAGUUCUUUUGUAAUAGUAAUCGUUUAUAAUUAGAAUAUUUAGUGUAAUUUUUUUGUAUAUAAUUUUUUAUUAUUUCAACGAUAGAAAAUGAGCAUAAGAAUCUACCGGACUCAAAACAUCGAAUUUUAUUUGAUUAUAUUUAAUUUUUAUACAUAUAUAAUUUUGUAGAGCUCUGUUUUUAAAAAAUAGAAUGUAAACAAAUGAAAUACUUAAUAACUUAAAGAUAUCUUUAAAUAAUAAAUAGUUAUAAUUAUAAUAGUAUACAUAAAGUAUAAACAAAGUUAAAAGAAAAACAAAAUAAA